AUGGGCGACCUCCCGGAGCCAAGGGUCAAACCAAGCAGGCCGUUCCUUUACACCGGCAUCGACUACGCCGGACCGGUUUGGAUGAGAACCUCUAAGGGUCGCGGACACAAGGCAACGAAAGGUUUUAUUGUCGUUUUUAUCUGUUUAGCCUCUAGAGCCGUUCACCUCGACGUAGCCUCGGAUUACUCCGCCGACGCCUUCAUCGCUGCCUUGCGCCGGCUGAUCUCCAGGCGUGGGGUCUGCAUCUCAUUGUACAGCGACUGCGGAACCAAUUUCGUGGGUGCUGACAGGCAGCUAGGCGCUCUCUUCUCUGCUGCCAGUGCCGACGGACGCCGCAUCGCCGCCUUCGCCGCACAGGAGAAAAUCCGGUGGCAUUUUAAUCCACCGGCGGCACCUAACUUCGGCGGUUUGUGGGAAGCCGCUGUGAAGUCCAUGAAACACCAUCUGCGACGAGUAAUAGGUGACGCCCGGCUCACCUAUGAGGAGAUGGCGACGCUGCUCUCACAGAUUGAGGCUUGCCUCAAUUCUCGACCGUUGCAGCCCCUGUCCGAUGAUCCUGAGGACGUAGCGGCUCUCACCCCGGGACACUUCCUAAUCGGUUCCGCUCUCUCCACCGUACCGGAACCGUCGCUCGAGAGAGAACCUUCGGCCCGAUUAUCGCGCUGGCAGCUCCUGCAACAGAUGAGGGACCAUUUUUGGUCCCGGUGGUCCAGCGAGUACUUACAUACGCUGGCCCAUCGGCCAAAAUGGUCCCGAGUCAACCAGGAGGCUUGCAUCGGUCGGCUGUGUUUGAUUCGAAGCGAGCAUACUCCACCAACGAGGUGGCCGCUCGCGCGCAUCACGCGCUUGCACCCGGGAUCCGACGGCCACGUGCGCGUGGUCGAACUACGUACCGCAAAUACCAAUUUGACGCGACCCGUAAGCAAGUUAGUAUUUUUGACCGACGGCGCCGAAGUUUCACUCGAAUCGAAAUCACACGUCGUAAGCGAUUAA